AUGCCGGCGCUCAAAGCACGCGAUCAGAGGGUAAGUCACGCACCCAUUCGUAUCGCAAACCUAACGCCACAGGAAAGAAGACUUGCCGUGAAAAACGCGUUGAGAUAUUUGCCACCAAAACAUCACUCACUUCUGAGCAAAGAGUUUGCACAAGAGUUGGACCAAUUCGGACACAUUUAUAUGUAUAGAUUUGUGCCCGACUUUGAAAUGAGAGCCCAUCCUAUCGACGAAUACCCGGCUAAAUGCCGCGAAGGCGCCGCUAUUAUGCUAUACUAA